AUGGCAGAUACUCGGGAUGCAAGGCCUGUUUCCGAGCCUAAUGAAACGUCUCCGUUAAUGGUCCCAGACCUGGAAGGCUUGGAAGCUGCCGUGGAACAAACCGGUGCCAAUAUGCUCGAAAAUGCGAUGACAGACGACACUGAUGAAGCACGAUGGUUGAGAGAGAGCAGAGAGCAACACUCGCAUUUAGGAUGGCGCAGACCAGGAACCAAUAUCUUGUGUUUUGCGGUGGGAAUUUCGAGUCUCAUGGAAAGCAUCACAUUGUCUCCCACGAUUGUUAUGUCGAUCAAGAAGGUUUGCGAAGCGACUUCUGAAAAUGGCCAGUGCGACAUGGCCCAGGCUCAAAAGGUAUUUUCGUCGAUCCAAUCGGUUCAGAUGCUGAUAUGUGGGGUUAUCGGCACGCUGCUGGCCGGCAAGUUGGGUGAGCUUUCAGAUCGCUUCGGUCGGAAACCCAUAUUCCAGUACAUCGCAAUCGUCCGCCUCGUGGCAGUACUGGCUAUCUUGUACACGAUUCUACCAAACACUCCUUUUAGUAGGACUGGUAUGAUUUUGGCCAACAGCAUUCAGUCGGUAUCAGGCGGAUUGAUGGUUUUGAUAGCUACUGGAAACAGCUAUAUCGCAGACUGCACAGAACCGGCUGAUCGCACAAUGGCCAUUAGUAUGCUUAUGAGCACCAUCUACGGGUGCUUGGGAGUAGGACCCUUGAUUGGAUCUGCGGCGGUGAAGGCUAGCAAUGGGAAUAACUACAUGCCCUUCUAUAUCUCAGCGAUUUUGGCCAUCUUAUUUAUUGUGUUUGUCACUGGCUUGUUGACUGAAUCACGUCAUAACAACGCCUUGAGGCAGAGUCAGAACCACUUUCGCGUUCGUAAGCGGAGUUUUGACAGCGUACUGUCUAAUCCAACCUCGAGCUCGGUCAACAACCGCAGCAGAUACCAUCUGCUCAAAUUCGUGGAUCUGCUGUCACCUUUGAAGAAGCUGUGGCUACCUCCCUCUGUACACGGCUCUUUCGUGGCUCGUCGAUCAGUGCUUAUGCUCGUGGCGAUGGACGUGUUUUUUAUCGUUUCCACUACGGCUUCGGUUGGGCCCUUGAUUCUGUACGGCACCUACAAGUACCAUUGGAGCAGUGCAACUCUGGGAUAUUUUAUUUCACUCGUGGGAAUCGGAAGAGCCCUUGUGUUGUUAUUUCUGUCUCCACUGUUCUUGAUGUGGUUGAAAAAGCGUUAUACGAGACUCGACAACUCGAUCGACUCUAUCGAUUUGAUUUCCUUGCGCACGGCGAUGGUUUUCGUCACCGUGUCGAUGGCCACUGUAGCGAAGGGCGAUGAACGUGGCUAUUCAAUGGUGGCAUUUGCCGUCUUGCAAGAUUUGAGUGCGGUUUUUUCGCCUACAUUGCAGGCCACGUUGGUGAAGUACUGUUCGCAGUCUUCACUGGGCGAGGUCUUCGGUGCUAUUGCCCUCAUAAGAAGUGCUACCAUGCUGGUGUUCCCACCCAUUUUAUUCCAGAUUUACAGCCACACUGUGAAGAAACAACCUAAACUGUUCCUGGUGCUUCCCAUAUGUGCUGGAAUAUUGGCAUUGGCGAUUUCCUUUAUGAUGAAAAUUGUCACCGAUACCGAACUCUUGCGCAGACCGUCACAGGCCUCGCUAAGACCCAGUUCUACUGCAACCUCAGAUCAGCCAGUUGCCGCGCCAGGCGAGAGAAGGGCGUCUACAUCCCAAAUGCUACGAGUUCCAAAGUCCAGAAAAGGAGAAGAGGAUAACGGCCGUCAAAUGAGCUCCUGA